GUAAUUUAAGUGACUUUCUAGCAUGGACACUGUUGCUAGCCAUAGUUGUCAUCUUCUCCAGCAGCUACAUGAACAGCGCAUUCAGGGUCUUCUCUGUGACUGCAUGCUGGUGGUAAAAGGUGUCUGCUUCAAAGCACACAAAAAUGUAUUAGCUGCUUUCAGUCAGUAUUUCAGGACCCUUUUCCAGAAUUCUUCAGGCCAGAAGAAUGAUGUCUUUCACUUGGACAUUAAAAAUGUAGGUGGGAUAGGCCAGAUCUUGGACUUCAUGUACACCUCUCACCUGGACCUUAGCCAGGACAAUGUACAAGCUAUGUUGGAUAUUGCACAGUGUCUCCAAGUGCAAAACGUGCUGAACAUUUGCCACACCUUUUUAAAAUCUUCUACAGCUGUAGAGCAAACAGCCAGCAUGCCUUGUAAUAGCGUAUUUUCGCUGCAGAAUACUUUGACUGCAGAUACUAGCUGUGCCAGUGAUAGUUAUGGAACAAACCUAUUGCAUGAAUGCUCCUCUGGCACACAAGCUAAUAAAGUCUUGGCUGACCACCAUUCUCAUGCAUCGCAGUCUGUUAAUCUUCAUGCACCCUCAGGUGACAUACAGAAACAACCACAGGACUCCUUAGAUGGCAACUGCACAGAACUCCCAUUUAAGCAACCAAGUUACUAUUAUAAACUACGCAACUUUUACAGUAAACAGUUCUAUAAGCAAAAUGCUUGCUCUAAUCAUGAGAGAGCAGCAGAACAAUCCUUUUCUUACAACACGUCUACAGUAAUAAACACAGUAGAGAAUAAUUCUUGUACUGUCAGUCACUCUGAAUGCAUUCUGGAAACCUCUGAUCAUUUGCCAUCAAACUUUCUGGUUCAGUCCUUGAAUGAAGCCACUCCAGACCAAGAUGCAGAAAGCACGCUUAUGCAGCCCACCAAACAGAUGCGGCUGAAAAAGGCAGUACACCUCAAAAAGUUAAAUUUUCUAAGAUCUCAGAAAUCUACAGAGCAGCCGCCUGAGCCUAAAAGAGAUGACAGUAGAAUAACAGAAGUAAUUGAAUCCGUAAAUGAAGGCACCAUGGACAUGGCAAACGUUGGAGUUACUGAAGAAAAAGAAGCUGAAGAUUUAGUGAAUUCUGAGAAUUUUGAACAAACUGUUGAAAUUGAAAGAUCUCAAGGUCCUUUGGAACAAGAAGGGCAAUCACACACUCUUCAGUUGCAGAGACAAUAUACUUGUGAUUUAUGUGGGAAGGCUUUCAAACAUCCAAGCAAUUUGGAGCUCCAUAAAAGGUCUCAUACAGGUGAGAAACCUUUUGAAUGUAACAUUUGUGGGAAACACUUCUCACAGGCAGGUAAUCUCCAGACACAUUUACGUCGACAUUCUGGUGAAAAGCCAUACAUUUGUGAAAUCUGUGGGAAAAGAUUUGCUGCUUCUGGUGAUGUUCAGCGUCAUAUUAUUAUUCAUUCUGGAGAAAAGCCUCAUCUGUGUGAUAUCUGUGGCAGAGGAUUCAGUAACUUCAGUAAUUUAAAGGAGCACAAAAAGACCCAUACAGCAGAUAAAGUAUUCACCUGUGAUGAAUGUGGGAAGUCAUUCAACAUGCAACGAAAAUUAGUAAAGCACAGAAUUAGGCAUACCGGAGAGAGACCAUACAGCUGUUCAGCAUGUGGGAAAUGUUUUGCAGGCUCUGGUGACCUGCGUAGACACGUGAGGACUCAUACAGGAGAAAAACCUUAUACCUGUGAAACUUGUAACAAAUGCUUCACUCGCUCUGCUGUUCUACGGCGGCACAAGAAAAUGCAUUGUAAAGCCACUGAUGAAGGUCCAAACACACUAGAUGAAUUUACUCAAGGGAUUGAAACUUCUGAUCUUGACAAAUCUCAGAGUUCUGACUCUUUCGGCCAAGAAAUGUCUGUUACAUUGUUACCAGUGUCCGUUAAAUUUCCCAUUCGUCCAACUGCAAAUUCAACUGAAUUUGAUAGUUCUGCAGAUUCUUACUGUAAGUUGCGGUCAAUGAUUCAACACCAUGACUCAACAAACCAACAGAAACUGAAUGUGGAUUCUGCUAAACUCCCAAAAGCUCAGACACAACAAACUCCUCCACCACCGCCAUAUGCUUAUGCAGAUGUAGAUGUAUCUUCUGCAGAAGAACCCUUACAGUCUGAUAAUAUUCCCAUGAUUCGUUCCUCUAUGGUUAGCUUGGACAGUCAUUGUAAUGAUCCACUGGGCAGCCGAACAUCAUCUGCUGCAUACAAGAAUAAUGAAGGACCGUUCUUCUCCAGCAUGACCCUCUGGGGUUUAGCUAUGAAGACCUUGCAGAAUGAAAGUGAAUUGGAACAAUAAGGGCUCAGGUGACUGUAUCAAAACUUCUUAGAGGCAUUUCAUGCUAAAGUAAUUGUGCUUGCACUGCAGCAUAGAGAGAUGAGAGCUAGUUUUUAAGCCAACUAGCU